CGCUUCGCCAGCCAUCUAAAUAUAAGCAGCUUGCUUACAACCAAAGGUCACAGAAAAGCGAGAUGCUUUUGACUGCGACAGCCGAGAGUUUCGCUAAGGGCCAAAACAAUGCUUCCAACGGAAGCCAUGGAAACGAAGCAGAAGCGGCCGGGUCACCUUUUAAAGGAAGCGCGUUCAGCAAUCUUGGCAUGCGGCUGCGAGCCAUGCGGCCGGAAGAGCAUGAUGCCCUGCUUAAGGCUGACCAAGGCGUCUACGCGACCUCCUCGCCUGUAACGUUGCAAACCCUUCGCGACUGGUGCAGCCAGGUGCCAGAAAUGGCGUUCAUAGUAGAAGACGCUUCAGGCGAGCCGCUUGGCAACUGUGUGCUGAUUCCCUGCAGCAGCAGCGGUUUCGAAGCGCUUACCACAGGGCGGUUGCUGGAGUGCGACAUGUACGGCAACGAACGCCUGUACAAAGUGCCCGAAAGAGAUAACAACGCAGAAGCAGACGCCGUCGAGAGCAGUAUCGGCGUUUACAUGUACCACAUGGAGAAAAGCCGGAGCUAUCCGCGGGGCUUUCCGGCCUUUGGAGUCGUCGCAUUGUACGGCAUUGCACAUGCGCUCCGGCUGCUGCAGAAGCUGCGGCAGGCCCGUGGCUGCAGUACAACACCCCUCUCCGUACGCGGCCUGGCGGGCCUGGCAGUCUCGCCUUCGGGCAUCCACCUGAUGACCGUGCUGUACGGCUGCCGAGAGCAACCGUCGUACAUUUGCCCUGAGCACGUGAUGCGCGCGCCGCCUACCGGUACCGGUACGGCAUCAACGCCAGCAGCAGCAACCUCCUCGUCCC